UGUCACUCCGCUUCUCCUCGUCCUUCCUUCGCUGUAUUACAGUAUCAGGUUUCAGUACCUAGGGUAUACUUUCACAACAAGCAGGAUCAAAACCUAAUCCAACAUGGCCGAUCAAGAUUCCAAGAAGAUUGAGCACAUGGUAACCUGCAAGAAUUUUGAAGAUGUUGAGCCAGCCAAGGAGCUAUUCAUCAAGCAGGGAGGCAAGAUCACGGACACUCGCACCCUGUAUCCCGGUUUCACGGUCGAGAUGCCAAAGGACUCUGUGUCUACGUUCGAAGGGAACAAAUACAUCGACUCGGUAGAGGUAACGGGAGAGGUUUCUACGCGCAAAUAG